UUAGAUGUUCCGGCAUACUGUGGGAGGCGGUCCGGAAUGUUCAGGAUUCUGAAGCUCUGCCUUCAGAGAUUUCUACAUUUUUCCAAGAGAGACCAGCAAAAUAUGAAGAAGUCCUAUGGAUCCUUAUCAUUUGAGGAUGUGACUGUGGGCUUUACCCAGGAGGAAUGGCAGCACCUGGACCCUGCUCAGAGGAUCCUGUACAGGGAUGUGAUGCUGGAGAACUACAGCCACCUUGUCUCAGUGGGGUGUUGCAUCCCUAAACCAGAAGUGAUCUUGAAGUUGGAGCAAGGAGAGCAGCCAUGGAUACUAGAGGAAGAGUCCCCAAGCCAGAGCUACCCAGAAGUCUGCAAAGUUGAUAACCAACUAGAAAAGAAUCAAGAAACCCAGGACAGACAUUUCUGCCAGCCUCCAUUUAUCAACAGCAAAACACUGACUAUGCACAGAGGUAAUGUAUUAGGAAGCAUUUUUAAUUUCAGCACAGACACAGUUCCUUCCAUAAAAAUACCCUGUAGGUGUGACUCGUGUGGUAUGAAUUUGAAAUGUAUUUCAGAAUUAAUUAUUAAUAAGAAAAACUAUUUAAGUAAGAAGCCUAUUGAUCUCAAUACAUAUGGGACAUUGCUCCUUCAUAUUAACCAUGAACAAACUCAAAUGGGAGAGAAACCUUGUGAAUUCAUUCAAAAUGGAAAAUACCUCAGUCAUAAUGAAGAUUUCAUCCCAUAUCAGAGAAUUAAAAAUACAGAGCAGUCCUUUAUUCAAAGCAAUAAGGAAUACAAGGAAUAUGGGAAAGCUUUCCAUGAGAAGGCAGUUGUCAUCCCAUAUAACCAAGCUCACGUAGGACAGAGUCCUUGUGAACAUAAUGAAUCUGAUAAAACUUUCUGUAAUGAUUCAGCCCUCAUGGUCCAUAAGAUGGCACAAAGAACAGAAAAUCCUUAUGAGUUUCAUGAAUAUGCUAAAACUUUUGAGAAGUCAUCUCUCUUGGAACACAGAGUUCAUUUAGAGGUGAAAGGUUAUGAGUAUAUUGAAAGAGUGAAUACUUUCCGGGAGAAGUCAGUUCUUAAUGUAACUCAGAGAACAUACAUAGGAGACAAAGUCUGUGAAUGUAAUAAAUGUGGAAAAGCAUUCUGCAAAAAGUCAAAACUCACCAAACAUCAGAAAAUACAUACAAGAGAGAAACUCUAUGAAUGUAAGGAAUGUGGGAAGUGCUUCUCUCGGAAAUCUCUCCUCACUUUACAUCAGCGAAUCCACACAGGAGAAAAACCAUACGAAUGUAAGGAGUGUGGGAAAUGCUUCUCUAGAAGUUCACACCUCAUAAUUCAUCAGAGAACUCACACAGGAGAGAAACCCUAUGAAUGUAAGGAAUGUAGAAAAAGCUUCUACCAUAAGUCCUAUCUCACAGUACACCAGAGAAUUCACACAGGGGAGAAGCCCUAUGAAUGUAAUCAGUGUGGAAAAACCUUCAUAAGCAACUCAGUCCUCACAAUACAUCAGAAAACACACACAGGUGAGAAACCCUAUGAGUGUAAUCAAUGUGGAAAAUUCUUCUCUAGAAACUCCUACCUUACAGUACAUCUGAGAACUCACACAGGGGAGAAGCCCUAUGAAUGUGAGAUAUGCGGAAAAACCUUUUGUCACAAGUCAGAUGUCACUAAACAUGAGAAAACUCACAUAGGGGGAAAACCCUAUGGAUGUAAUCAGUGCGGGAAAACCUUUAGUCGCAACUCAGGUCUAAAAGUACAUCAGAGAACUCACACAAAGGAGAAACCAUAUGAAUGUAGUGAGUGUGGGAAAUCCUUCUCUGAGAAAUCAGUCCUCACAGUACAUCAGAGGAUCCACACAGGGGAAAAACCUUAUAAGUGUAAUGAAUGUGGAAAAACCUUCUACAAUAAAUCAGACCUCACUAAACACCACAGAACUCACACAGGUGAGAAACCUUAUGAAUGUAAGGAAUGUGGGAAAUUCUUCUCUAGGAAUUCAUACCUUACAGUACACCAGCGAACUCAUACAGGAGAGAAACCCUAUGUGUGUAAAAAAUGUGGGAAGACCUUUUGCCAUAAGUCAGAUUAUACAAUACAUAAACGAACACACAGAGGGGAAAAAUCAUAUCACUGUAAUCAGUGUGGGAAAACCUUCACUUGCAGUUCAGUCCUCAGAUCACAUCAGAGAACUCACACAGGUGAGAAGCCCUAUGAAUGUAAUGAGUGUGGGAAGUCAUUUUCUGAGAAAUCCAUUCUCACCGUACAUCAGAGAAUACACACAGGGGAGAAACCUUACAAGUGUAACAAAUGUGGAAAGUCUUUCUAUCAUAAGUCAGAUCUCACUAAGCAUCAGAGAACACACACAGGAGAGAAACCCUAUAAAUGUAAUCAUUGUGGGAAAACCUUCAGUUGUAACUCAGGCCUCAAAGUACAUCAGAGAAGACACAUAAGAGAGAAGCCCUAUGAAUGUAUUGAGAGUGAGAAAACCUCCAAGAAAUCAGUUAUCACAGUACAUCCAAGGUUACACACAGGGGAAGAAAAUUUGUAAAUAUAGCAGUGAGAGAAAUCUUUCUCUUGUGAUUCAUACCUCAA